UUCUAUUGACAAAAAUAAUUACUAUUUUCAAAUGUUAAUACUAAUGUAAAUAGAAAAGAUUAAAUAUUUACUGUAAACUAUGCAUUAAUGGUGACCAUGUAUCGGGCGAUUCAGAUGUUCAGACCAUUCGUCUCUAUAGCAAAUAAGAAAAAGCUACUUGAUAAUGUAGCAAGAAAUUUCAAUGUUACAACAAGUUUGCGGCACGGAGAAUAUGAGUGGCAGGACCCGAAAUCUGAGGACGAAGUAGUCAAUGUUGUUUACAUAGACAAGGAUGGCAAACAAACCAAUGUAAGGGGCAAAAUUGGAGAUAAUGUUUUAUAUCUAGCUCAUAGAUAUGGCAUAGAAAUGGAAGGUGCAUGUGAAGCGUCGUUGGCUUGUACGACAUGUCACGUAUACGUCGACCACAAAUACUUAGACAAGUUGGACGAACCUCAGGAGAAAGAGGACGAUUUGUUGGACAUGGCGCCGUUUUUGAAGGAAAAUUCUAGAUUAGGUUGUCAAAUUGUUUUAACAAAGGAAUUAGAAGGCAUUAAACUGACUCUACCGAAAGCUACUAGAAAUUUCUAUGUGGAUGGUCACAAGCCUACACCACAUUAAAGCACAAUUUUAUUUAAGUAUCACAGAAGUACCUAGAUGUAAAUAUACUUAUGAACAUUAAA